AUGCUUUUUGGAGAUGGUAGGGCUGGUGGCCAGGUCUUUGCGAAGCUUGAUGAGCAGGCCUCGCCAUCUGUUCCAGUCACGGCAGCUGCACUCGAGGCUGCAACCCCCAAGGAGGACGAGCCGGAGCUGCGCCUCACAGAGACCUUGCGCUUUGCCGAGGACCUCACGAAGGCAGCAGAGGAGGGAAAUCUGGAUCCACUGGUCGGCCGUGAAGUCCAGCUGGAGCGGACGAUUCGAAUCCUGGGCAGGCGGUCCAAGAACAAUCCUGUCUUCGUGGGCGAAGCUGGGGUGGGUAAAACCUCCAUCGCUUGCGGCCUCGCCCAGCGAAUCGUGCAGGGCCGCGUGCCCCCAACGCUUCGGAACAAGCGGGUCCUCAGUCUCGACCUUGCACUCCUCCUUGCCGGCACCAGGUACCGUGGGGACUUUGAAGAGCGCCUACGGGCUGUGGUGAAGGAAGUUUCGGAGAGCAAUCGGAGGGUGAUCCUGGUGAUCGAUGAGGUUCACACCCUUGUUGGUGCUGGCAGCAGUGGAGGUGAGGGUGGCGGCAUGGAUGCAGCCAACCUCCUCAAGCCGGCACUAGCAAGGGGGCAGCUGCAAUGCAUCGGGGCGACCACGCUGGACGAGUACCGGCAAUACAUUGAGAAGGAUCCAGCCCUCGAGCGCCGUUUCCAGCCGGUCCUUGUGCCCGAGCCAACCGAGGAGGAAACCGAGCAGAUCUUGCUGGGCCUGGCGCCGAAGUACGAGCGCCACCACCAGCUUAGAUACGAGCCGGAGAGCAUCCGAGCCGCAGUGCGCCUGGCCGCACAGUACAUCAACGACAGGUUCCUACCCGACAAGGCCAUCGACGUUAUGGAUGAGGCAGGUGCAAAGGUUCGGCAGCAGCUCUUCCUUGAGGCCGAGCGGGAGGAGGAGAUGGCGGAGCGGCGGAAGCUCGAAGAGGAGUUGGAUUCUCUCAAGGAGCAGAAGGGAAUCGCUGUCUCCAAGGAGGAGUUUCAGGAGGCCCAGCGGCUCAAGAACCGCCAGGAAGAAAUCGAACUCCGGCUACGGUCUCUGGAGAAACCCGUGCAGAGCUGUCCGACAGACUCGACGAAAGGCGCAGACGAGGAGAAGCUCCGGCUGUUGCGCGCGCGAGUGGAGGAAGCCGUCGCUGCAGAGAGAUUCGACGAGGCCUCGGAGCUGAAAGCCAAGGAGCGCGAGGUUCUGGGUUGGUCCAAGGGCACCGAAGAGGCAUGGGUUACCGAGACUGACAUAGCGCAGGUGGUGGCCGGCUGGACGGGCAUCGCCGUUGAACAGGUCUCGGCCACAGAGUCGGCGCGACUCAUGAAACUCGAGCAAGAGCUCGCAAAGAGUGUUGUCGGGCAGUCAGAGGCUGUCAGCAGCGCAUCCCGUGCCUUGCGCCGUGCGCGGGCGGGCCUGCGAAACCCUUCCCGGCCGAUUGCCGCUUUAAUGUUUUGUGGCCCGACUGGGGUGGGGAAGACUGCUCUGUGCAAGACUUUGGCGUCCUGCUUCUUCGGAUCCGAAGAUUCCAUGAUCCGCUUGGACAUGAGCGAGUUUAUGGAGAAGCACACGGUCUCGAAGCUCAUCGGCGCACCCCCUGGGUAUGUGGGCUAUGGCGAGGGCGGGACCCUCACCGAGUCAGUUCGCCGGAGGCCCUACUCUCUGGUCCUCUUUGACGAGGUGGAGAAGGCUCAUCCAGACGUCUUCAACACGUUGCUGCAGCUCUUGGACGAUGGGCGCUUGACGGACUCCAAGGGCAGAGUUGUGUCCUUCAGCAACACACUGGUUGUCAUGACGUCCAACAUCGGGUCUGGGCCCCGGAUGCGAGGUGCACGCGUGUAUCUAAGUGCAAAGUAUGUGCGUCCCUGGUGCUUGGUCUUGCGUCGGUACUCGUACAAGCUUGACUAA